CUAAAAUAAAAUAUGUAGGGAGUAGUAGUAUAAAAUAACACCAAAUAGUCCAAGUCCAAAUUCAUAAAACUUGUCUCCCAAGCUUAGGAGGACCUUAGUAUCCCCGGAAUUUCUCCUAUAAAUUCUCCAUCCAUUUAUCAUUUUACUCUUAUAUUCUCUAUAGACUUUUUUUUGGCCUAAAUUUUCAAACGAGUUAAGUUGUUUCAUUACGGGCAAAACCACCGGAAAUGUGUCCAACGGGAAGUAUUUUGUAUUCUGAAGCUACCGGAAAGCCAAAUCUCCGGUCAGCAUUCGACAUUUUGGACGUUGACCGUGAUGGAAAGAUAAGCAGGGACGAUCUCCGAACAUCAUAUGGUGGAUUCGUCGGCGAUUCUGAAGACGACGUGAUUGGUACGAUGAUGACGCUAGCCGAUUUCAACAAAGACGGAUACGUUGAAUUCGAGGAAUUCGAGAAGGUUCUAGACAGUUGUGGAAGCAGAAAGGAUGAUGAGAAAAGGAGAAAUGGAACGUUAGGAGGGGUGAAUGUAAUGGAGGAUGUUUUCAAGGUGAUGGACAAAGAUGGUGAUGGCAAAGUUGGGCAUGAGGAUCUUAAGAGUUACCUGAAUUGGGCUGGGCUUCAAGUGGAUGAUGAUGAUGUUAAGGCCAUGAUCAAAUUGGGCCCUGGUCAUGGUAAUGAUGGUGUUACCUAUGAAGGUUUUCUUCAGAUUUUGUCUCUUUGAUUUGUUACUCCCAAAUCCUAUAAUAUGUAACGCAGAGAAGAUUGAUGACGAUGAUAAAUGUUAGAUUUGGUGAAUAAUGUAUUUCUCAAAGAAUUUUGUAAGUUCAAAGUAGCGUGUUUCUAUUGGCAUAUUCGGAAAAUUUUGUUUGUGAAAGGAUAAAAACUUGGUUUAACGAGCA